AUGGGGAUCUGUGUUGCCAUGGAUUCUGUUGUCAUGGCUACAAACAACUACGCAGAUGUACAGGAAGUGGAGAAGGACGAAGGAGAAGGGAGGGCUGUGGCGAUAAGGGGUCUCGGAGGAAGCUUAACCUCUGCGUGGUGGAGAUCCAGCUACGAUAAGUCUCAGGGCAAUAACAUCAAGGGCACAGUAGAGAGCCAGCCAAAGAGGAGGAGGGCUCCUACACCUUCCUGUCCCCCACGACACAUCAGCACUGGGCAUAAGGAGGGUCCAUAUCACGCUCACAAAUCCACAAUCCAAGCCUUGAUUCCCUGUUACAGCAAACCGAGGAGGGGAGGGCAGUUAUCUAAGACUCUCAGCACGCCCAUGUGCUUGGCUGAAUCAUGGAGCUGCACUGUCUUCCUACUGAGACCCCCCACCACAGCCAGUUCCUGCUCCACGGACCCCCUGUACGACAACUGCCCACCUUUUGCCCAGCGAGGGAGGUCCAGGGAAAAGGAAAUGGAGAGUAGGGUUGUGUGCCCGGCUGUAACCAGACUCCCAGGCCCCUGCAGCCCUCUGUCUGGUCUGGCCCCAGCUGUGGCCGAGGUUCCCACACUGCUCGGUGAGGGAAGAGGGCCUGGCACCUGGCCAGAUCACAGCUACUGCAGCUGGGGAGGAGGCCUGGGAAGACAGGGCUGGGAAGAGCUGGGUCCAGGCAUAAAGAGAGGAAGAGGAGGAGAGAGAGAAGGUGAACAGAGAGGUAGCAGGGGAGUUGAGGACAGAGCUCGUGUAAACCAGAGCCCCAGUCCAUCACAGAGUGAGCAGCACAGGAGUGCUCUGUCUCUGUAUGAUAACCUGCCUGACGCUGUCACCCCUGACAGCCUCCAGGAGGUCUUUGACAUGGAAAUGAGUUUCCAGGAGCACGUGCAGGAACAGAUGUAUCAGGCAUGGGCCCCUGAGCAGAUUCAGGGACUGAUGGAGGGAGACGCAGCGAUUGAAAAGAAGAGCCCCUGGUCCUCCUGUGAGAUCAUCCUUGCUGAAGGUGGUUCCAGUAACAGGGACCAGAAUCCAGACCAAGUGGACAGAGACAAGAAGCAUGAACAGGAGCCAGAGCUGGACUCAGGAUCCUGUGGAUUUAAGCAGGGGGACGGGAUGCUGCAUGUCCAGCUCCCAGUGUCCCCUCCCGUCCUUACAGCAAGUUCCCCUCCGAUAUGCCCGGCUGAGUGCCAGGCCCCGUGGCCGCCUGCUGAAGCUCAGCAACGAGAGCAGCCAUCCUGGUCUCCCAGGGUGCCCCCUCCGGUACCCCUGGCUGACCCCUCUGCCAGCGCCCUUCGCAGCCUUCUCACCAGCCUCCAACAGCAGAUAGUCCGACAGAGGGACGAGUAUGAGGAAAGGAUAAUCAGCCUAGAGCAGAGAAACGAAGAGCUGCAGGUAGAGGUUGUACAGUUGAAAACAAACCUGGCGCAGCAGCGGCACUGGUACCACGUCAUCCAGGCUAAGAUAGUGGAGUCUGAAAGGGCCCGGGCUGCCGCAGAACUACGCAACGCGACGCUGCAGAGAGAGAUGGAGCAGUUCUUUGACACCUUCGGAGAGCUCAACAAUGAGGCCAAGAAGACAGAGUGCAUUGUCAAGAGCUUUUGAAGAACAGCAUGUAAGGUGUGUGAUGACAAGAGUGGCCUGUGCAAAAUGUAGAGGGGGGGAAAAAAGAACUUGUAUAGUCGUUUGUUCCAGAAGAUGGAAGGGAUUUUAAGUGAUGUACAACUAUUUCUUGACUGAGAGAU